CACUCAAUUACUUCUCGGUUACUGGGUCUUUUGAAAUCACCUGGUUACCCAGUCGCUCUAACUUCAAUAUGGCGGAAUUUGCAGCCCAUUUGAACCAAGGCACUUUGAACGCUCAACCAACAAUAUUUGAGAUAGUCGCCCAAGAAUCUAUGGCAUCAGUGCUAAGACCGGCUGUUAUUUAUGCGUUGAAAGUGCUGGCAAGUUCUAAUCCUGACAGAUGGGGCUGGAUUUGGCGUUUCGGAGACGAACUUCACCUAUGUUUAGAAUAUAUUCUCCAGAGUCACUAUUUAAGGAACUUUGAAGGUUCAAUAUCUGAACAUUUUUAUGGGCUCAAAAGAGUUAGCAGAACCCCUAAUAACAAUGCCGAUGAUAAACUAUCAAGUUUGCAGAGAUAUUUGUCUUUAUUAAUGUUAGUGGUACUUCCAUAUGCUAAACUUAAACUUGAUCAGCUGUUUGAAAGAUUAAGAGAAGAGUAUGUUACUGGUUCAUUGUCCUCCCAUCCAGCCAGGAAGCGGUUGUAUUUUCUGCACCUCAAGAGAAUAUUUAUUUACUUGUAUCCCUUCUUACAUUGCGCGUGGGAAUCGAUCUUUUUGUGUUAUUACAUGCUGUAUAUCUUUAGAGUCUCUGGAGUUCACUCUCCUUUACUUCAUAUUGUGGGAAUCUCUUUACAAAGAUUCACACAACGAGACAUUGUCGUGCACAAUCUGCAGAGAAGUCUUCCUACAGUUCCUUACAGACAGACUAUGGUUAAACAAAUACUGGCCAUUCCAUGCUCAGUUACAAGGCUGCUAUCAUCAGUGUUAGCCAAUGGUCUUCCUAUUGCUGUGUUUUCACUUAAAUUCAUAGAGUGGUGGUAUUCAAGUGACAAUAGAAGUGCUGUUCAGUCAGUAAUGCAGUUACCAGUCCCCUCGCCACCAACCCAGCCUAAGGUAGUUUGUCUCAGAGGUAUUUAAUUUGGAGUAUGGUAUUUAAUUUGGAGUAUUUAUGUAGAAGGAAGGUUUUAUAUUCAUGAGAUAUGUUCAUAUCUGAAUUUGCAUGGCAGUUUAUUCUCAGAGAAGCCAAAGUGUCUGGCAAGGUGAAAGAGAGGAGGUAAAUGAGGCUUGUGUGAUUGUACAAAACAUGAUGAUUACAGCUUUUAGCCUGGCACUCGAAUGAUCCCAAAACUCGAUAAUAUUUUGUAGCUUGAGACAUCUAUAAAUCUCAUUACCGACCUUUCAAACUACCAAAGAGCCCUGUCAACUCAAACUCUCAAGGGAAAGGAAAAUGCUUUGAGUUACUAGGGCUUGAGAUAAUGGGAGUAGUGUAUUUCAGUUAUCCUGUUUGGGAGUUAGCAGGGCUCUAUUGUGCUCACCCUUUUUUGGUGGGUUCAAGUUAACUGAGUUUUAGUUAAUGGUGUGAUAUGGUAAAGUUCUGGAGAAACUGUGGUGCUGACUUGGUGGGGAAGUAUAACAAGAUCAUUGAGUUUUAUCAACUGAGUUGAUGAUGUAAAUUGGCCACUGUAAAGAGUUUCCAAGCUAAUGUUUCAAGUGUUAGCCCUUCUUCAGAGCAAAAUACAAAGGGCUAGCAAUUGAAACAUCAGCUUAGAACCUCUUUGCAGUGGCCAAUUUACGUUAUCAACUCAAUUGAAAACCAAAUUAUCUUGAUGAGUUUGAGUUAGUGGGGUUCUGAUGUACUCAUCACUUUUGUUGUAGGUGGAAGUGAACUGAGUUUGAGUAAGCAGGGUUCUACUGUACUCAUCAUUUUUGUUAUUGUUGACAGCCUGCCCAACAUGGUGUCCAACUCCCUCCACAUCCAGCUCAGUGUCCACUGUGUAAGAGAGUUCGCACCAAUCCUACAGCAUUGUCUUCCUCUGGCUAUGUUUUCUGCUACCCUUGUAUCCACAAAUACCUCAAUCAACAUGGAUGCUGUCCAGUCACACAUUUGCCAAGUGCAUCAAAGCAACUUGUCAGGCUUUAUGUUGAUAUUGUAAACUAAAAAAAAUACCAGUUUUUCAGAGUGAAAGAAAUUUAAAGUCCUUUUCUUCUGAUAGAAUUUUGGGCAAAUUUUCCCAGUCACACCCAGUACUCAAUUAUCAUUAGAGACUGAAACAAGUUAUUUAACCUGUUACACCCUAACAUUAGUAUACAUAUUCUCCAAACAGUUCUUCUUGCUUUUUGUAUGGUGCUGACAUGGAGAAUUUGUCUAACAAUCAAGAGCUUCCUUAGUUGGUGAAUCAUUUUCUUUUGCACAAUCUUAACAUGUGAUUCAUGGGUGAUAUUGUGAGAAGAAAUUAGAUGCUAGUCACUCUAAGGGUACGAAGGGUUAAAAAUGCUGUUAUAUGGAAAGUUAGUUUUCUUUGAAUUGCCGCAAAAAUAAUGACUUGUCGAGUUAAGUUCUGCUUGUUUAUUAUCAAAGUUUUAACUUUUUUUCUAAUUUAACUUCACUUAGCCCAAUUAAUUUCAUGAUUUUAAGAAUUCUUUUUUUCAGUGAUGGGCUGCACGAAGUCACUAACUUCUUUUAUGUAUUAAGGAAAACAAAC